AUCGUCAUUGAACUUCCGCGCCACUGUGACGCAGCUUAUCAUAUGGUCUACUCCAAGGAGGCAGCAGAGGUUAGGUUCAUUGGAAUGGUCAGCCAUAAUAUAAACAAAAGUUAAUGAUGUUUCAUUGAAUCGCUAUAAGAGGCAAGGGGGGCACGGGGCGAGAAUGUUGUCGUUUUUACGAAAAAUCUCUGUCGGGUCGAAGAUAAGAGAUGGUCUUCCGACAGGGGACGAAAUGGAGGUUACUGAAGGCUAUCCGGACACGAGAAACCGAGCUCUGGUCUCGAAGUCCGACACCGAACUGAAGGAAUCUGUUUAUGAUCUGCUCAGAACUAUCAAAGAUCCUGAGAAGCCUCAAACGCUGGAGCAGUUGGAUGUUGUCUACGAAGACUGUGUAGAAGUCUGUAAGCAAACACCUAGAGGAGUAUCUGUCAUACGCAUCGAAUUCAAUCCAACAGUUCCCCAUUGUUCACUAGCAACGUUGAUUGGUCUUUGCAUCAGAAUCAAACUAGAACGUCAAUUAGUAGCUCUUUUUAAACUAGAUAUAUAUAUUAAACAAGGUGCUCACUCUACAGAAGAAGAGAUAAAUAAACAAAUAAACGACAAAGAACGAAUCGCAGCUGCUAUGGAAAAUCCAAAUUUAAGGGAACUAGUGGAAAAAUGUAUCCAAGAGGAAGAAUGAAGACCUAAAUAAUUUUAUGGUGCUUGGGUUUCAAUGAAUUCAACACUGUUAUAGUGUUUGGAUUAUUUUUAUAUGAUAAACGUCUAAAGGACACUGCAAAUAAUGCAGCAAACAAUGAAUUUUCCUUAAAGAUAGAUCUUUGUCAUUCACAAUCUAUCACAGAAAAUCAUAAGACUGCAUAAUUUACAAUUUUCAAACACUAUAUCAUCAAGCCUACAUUGUAGGACAUUUUCUCUCAUAAAACGAAGAAUAUUAAAAAUUGUUUAUACAAAGUCAAACACAUUGGUUUACAGACUCACCUUCUAGAAUACCGUUUCGACCCUCGAGUCGUCAACCGAGCUACAACAAUUAUUCUACAUGGGCACAACGAAUUCUGUUCAACCAAAACUAACUAACAAAUAUACGUAUUAUAAACUA